UGAUGGACAACUCAGCCAUAUUGCAAAAAAUAUUAGUUUUGGGUUGUGGAGAACUUGGAACUGAGGUUCUUAAGAACUUGAAUGAAUUAAAGACUGACGAACAAGUAUAUGUUCUUGUAAGAGAACCGAAAACCGAAGAGAAAAAAAAGAAAUUGGACCAGUGGAAGGAAGCUGGGGUUUUGCCUAUCUACUUUGAUCUUUUGGGAUCCUCUGAAGAAGAAAUCUCGGGUUUAUUCAGUAAUUUUGAUGCUGUAAUUACUUGUAUUGGGUAUGGUACGCCGCUAGGAACGCAGAGGAAAAUCACCAAAUCUGUUUUGAACGCAAAGGUAAAGCUCUAUAUUCCCUGGCAGUUCGGGAUAGACUACGAUGCCAUAGGGUAUGGGUCGGGCCAGGACGUAUUUGAUGAGCAAUUGCAAGUUCGAGAAUUGAUUAGAGCUCAAUCACAAACAGAUUGGAUCAUAAUUUCUACCGGUGUCUUUAUGAGUUAUCUUUUUGAGCCAUUUUUCGGUAUUGUUGACAAAGAAAAUUCCAGAAUUAAUGCAUUAGGCAGUUGGAGUAACACAAUGACUUUUACCACCCCUGAAGAUAUUGGAAAGUUGACUGCUCAAUUAAUCUUGAAGAAAUAUCCAAAAACGAAAAAUGAAGUUGUUUAUGUUGCUGGAGAUACGGUGAGUUUUGGAGAUGUUCAUAAGAAAAUUAGUGAUUUUCUAGGUAAAGAACUUGAUAAAAGCGUAUUAACGGUUGAUGAACUCUUACAGAGCUUGAAGGAGAACUCUGAAGGCGUUGCCAAGUACAGACUCGUUUUUGCAAAAGGCAUAGGUGUUUCCUGGGAUAAAAAAUCCACUUUUAAUGAAAUGGAAGGUAUUCCAGUAGAAGAUAUUUCUACCUAUUUGAAAAAAAGAAAUCCUUUCAAGGAUUAAGCUGGUAACAAGUUUCUUUUUCUUUCUACAAUCUCU